CCCACUAAAAGCCCAAUCAUCUGUCUCUCUCUUGCCAUGUUUGUGGAAUCUCCAAAGUCAAGUCGUCAGAGAGUAAGUAACUAACAAUGACGAUGGACGAUAAUAACUCCGUCUACGUCGGCGGCCUCCCUUACGACGUCACCGAGGAAGCUCUCCGCCGCGUUUUCUCCCCUUACGGCACCGUUCACGACAUCAAGAUUGUGAAUGAUCAGAGUGUGAGAGGGAAAUGCUACGGCUUUGUCACAUUCUCUAAUCGUAGAUCGGCUGAUGAUGCUAUUCAAGACAUGGAUGGGAACAUUAUUGGUGGGCGUGUAGUGCGUGUGAAUGAGGUGACAACGAGGUUUGGUGGAAGGUUGAGUUCAGGUGCUCAGGGGAGGUUUCAACCACAGAGCCCUGAUGAGAGAAGUGAUUUUAGUUGGGAGAGGGAUCGGUACAGAGAAAGGGAUAGGUCUCAGGAGAGGGGAAGAGAUCGUUAUGAGCAUUCACGUGGUUUUGAGAGGAGAAGUGAUCAUGGUAUGGUGGAUAGGAAUGGUUAUAAGGAGAGAGGUUUUGAAGGUGAAGAAGGAGGAGAUUGGCGUGGGGAUAGUGGUAGGGGAGUCAAUGGGAAUAGUGAUCACGAAGGAAGGAGCCAAGAAACAAAGAGAGAAGAUAGUUCUAUGCUUGAUGGUGGGCGUGGCAGAGAUGGCAAAGAUCACAUCUCUAACUCAAAUGGAGAUCACAGUUUUCAGGUUAAAGGAGAUAUUGAAGCGCUGAUUAAGACUCGUGACCUGCUUCAUGAUGAGGUACUGGUGAUGGAAGGCAGAUUGAGAGCAAAAGAAGAUCUGUGCGCAGAGCUACAGCAGAAGUUUGAGACAUUGGAAGAUUUAUUGAACGGUGAAAAGAAACUGACUUCACAACGCCGAAAAGAAUUGGCAAAGCUACAUAAAUCAUAUUCAAGGGUCAGAGAGUGCAGCGAUAACCUGAAAGACUGCGAACAGGAACUUCAGUCGCUUGUAAAUUCAGUAGCUAGAGAAGGCGUGGUUGGUGCUGAUGAAGGACUAGAAAACGGGUAUGCGUAGUACAAAGUUGUAGCGUAAUGACUGCAGUCAUUGGCAUGUAUGUUAAGUGUAGCUUUGGUGUGUUUCGAGCCAAGCUAGGUUCAUUUGGUGCUGGUUUUCUCAGGUCAACUGGUUUUGGCUUAAAUGAUUAAAGAGAAUCACUAUUAACUACGUGAAACUUUCAUGCCCUUUGUAAAAAUCUUGACUCUUAUAUUUUCUCAUCAAUUAACAAUAGUGUGCGAAGCUUCAUAUUUAUCA